AUGACUGGCUUUCCCAACAAGAACACGUACGUGAUAGAAGAAGCUUCUUCAGGGCUGUACACACCGAGCUUGUGUGCAUGGGAGCCGUCCCACACCAACGACGACAAGGUACUACCUAGUGAGGUACUGGCUGGUGAAAUGAGUGCCUUGACACUGGAAUCUCGAGAACAUGGAGAAGUACUGAAUGCCGAGUCACCGGCUGACACAAGAUCCAGCUCCGUCAAGAGACCCAGGUCAAGCUUGAGACCCAACGCAAGAUCCAGCGCCGGAUCUAGCUCCAGCCACGAGCCAGAUGGAAAACUGUACCUGUCCAAGGUUGCAUCUCUGAACAAGGAUGAUGUUGUGUCUCUGAACGAUACCGUCAAUAUUGCCACUCUCUUUGGCACGAUAGUAAACGCUCAACCUGCGACAACUGCAGGGUACGCGGGUGGCUACAGUUUAGGCACUUAG